AUGCUUAAUAAGGUGGUGUGGUUGGUAGCUCCCCUUUAUUUGCGCUCAGCGCACAUUAUCGACGUAUAUGAGGACUUUCGUGCGACGACUCCGCACGAAGGCGACCGGCACAGCAGCCACCCCCGGGUGCUCACAGAGUGCAUCUCCAGUAACUGCAAUGAUGACAGUAAGAAGAGACAUGCCGGUGAGGACUUGACAGAAAUACCAGAAGAAUGCUUUAAUGAGUCGGAUCCAAGUGAUGAAGACGGGGGGGAGGGACCCUCCUCCACGCUCCCCGCGAAGGAAGGCCAGGAAAACUGCCAGGAUAGCUAUCAGGAUAGCUAUCAGGAUGGCUAUCAGGAUGGCUAUCAGGACAGCUAUCAGGACAGCUUCCAACCCAGCGUAACGUUGAGCAACUCCGUGGGUGUGCCUCCCGACCCGCACGAAUUCAAGAAAAAAUUGUUCAAAGGAGGAGAAAACAAUUCGUCCAAAAAAAAGUUAAAGGAGAAUGUAAUAACACCAUCAACCGAUGAACCAGUCCCAAACAAAAAUAACUUCCGCCAAGACUUCCUGAAUUUUUAUUGCGCCUUGAUAGGUAAAGACUUUAACAGAUCCAAGGUGGAUAUGAAGGCAGCAAAGAAUAAGUUAGAUGGAGGGUGGGAAAAAAAAUGCAAAGAAAAACUGAAACAUGAUUCCAAGGUAAGGUCUACUUCGACUGAUGAGUGCUUGGCAAAAAAUAAAGAGAUAUCUCAAAACUCAUCGAGUGUUGGGAAGGACGAAAGUAGCAUUCGAAAUAAAGUUAGCGAAUUGGAGGAGAGGUAUGCCAAGAGAAAGUGGGGACUGCAGAAAUUUCACCUGUCCAUGCAGAACGGCGGCAGCAGUAGCAGCGAUAGCAGCGUUAGCAGCUUAAGCGGUUUAGGCGGCCUGGGCGAUCUGGGCAGCGUCAACAAACUUGGCCACGCCAACAGUGUUAGCAGCGAAGUCAGUGGAAGCAGCGGAGGUAGAAGCGAAAGUGCCGGAGAAGGUAGCAGCGGAGGUAGCAGCGGAAGUAGCGGCAGAAGUAGCGGCGGAAGCAGCGGAGGUAGCGCCCGAAGCAGAGGUCUGAACCUUGAAGGAGGCAGCCCCAGCAUCGGCAGUGCCCGGAACUUUGAACGAAGCAGCCCCAACGUGGACAGUAGAAUGCCGAGUGUGGACAACAGGCGCUACAGCAGUACGAACAGUAGGACCAGCUCGGCCAUCGGAAACAGGAAGUACUACGACAAAAUGCUCUCUCAUCUGUUUAGUCUAGCCAUCCUAUUCUACAGAAACAAGCCCUACUUAGAUAAAAUGGCCAGGCAACUACCCCAAAAGUACUACCUCAGUUACAAAGGUGUGCAGCAAAAUAUCAACCGCCUAUAUGAAAAUAACUUUACCCAAAUGCAUGAAGAUUUUUAUGAACUUGAAAAAAAAAAAAAUCCAAUUGAAAAAAAAGGAAUUGAAAAAUAUUAUUACGCUUUUGACCGCACAGUAUACACACUGCUGUUCUUCCUUUAUGAAAUCCAACAAAAGGAAGAUGCUCUACACCGAACCUUUGAGUCUUUACCUAUAGAAUAUAAAUUGAGAAGAGACGAACUAGUAGACUCCGUUACCAUGUCCACGCCAAGUGACAGAAUGAAAGAUAUUUAUUUUACAACGUAUAACAUUUUCGACUCUAUCAACACGUGUAUGGAUUCAUCUUCCCGUUUUAAUUUCAACUAUCUUGGGAAGAAAAUACUUAAUAACCUGAACGAAGAGGGGGGAAACGUCCACAACAGAGCCUCUUUGGAAAUGAAAAAAAUAAAUGACUAUAUGAUUAACACACAGAACGACAUAGUGGAAUACAUAAAAGAAUUAAGUUCAUAUUUCAAGCAAUUUGUUGAUUAUGCUACUUUGGAAAAUUUAUUUUGUGAGCCUGUGUUGUAUUGCUACUCUCUCUUUUUGGACUACUACCUAGGGACGUUGGAUCAACUACUGGACCACCUGAAUAUUCAUUUAAAAUACCCUGUAAAUAAAGAAUCGCAAGAAAGUCUUAGCCAUAUAUACAAAGAAAUAAAAGCGCAUGCAGAUAAUUUAGGGUGCACUAUGCGAUGUUUUUACUUUAAGAAGAGUAUUAAACCCGACCCCGAGUUGUCGAUCAUUUCUCUUUUCACAGAUUCUAAGUUUAGGUUAGGGUUAGUAGAUAAGUACGUGAACAAGAAGUACUCCAAUUUUAUCUCCCUCAUGUUAAAAAUGAUGGGCUACUUCCGCGUGACUGUGGCUUCCCUCACUUCUAUUGUCACGUUGCAAACGGUGCACGCACUUCUGCUGGACACCGAAAAUGGGAACAUCAAAUACGUCGACGCUAUGAAGGCUCUCACGUACCUCACCAAGAACAUCUCGCACAACAGCUCCGUCCUCGCCGACCCCCGGGAGGAGAAGCACUAG